GAGAACGGCACCUACUUGUCUGCGCUAUUUUGUCGCGAACAAGGCUGCAAAGGCAUCGUCAUACCGGUGGAAACGAAAACCCUACAACCAGAUUGGCGUUGCCUCACCUGUGAGACAAUCUCGCCAAACACGAAGAUGGCACGCUAUCAGGACUUUGCAUUGAAUACGAUCAAUAAUCGCAUUAACAAGAGCACCGUGCACGAUCUGAUCAAUUUCAUAAACGAGAUGUGUCCACGCUUUUGCCCGCCAUCGAAUUAUGUGCUAAUCGAGGCUAAAUUGAAUGUAAUUUGGCGCAUGCUACGCAUUAAAGACGAAUUCACCGAAGAAGAAAUGCAGCAUCGUGAUCGUUAUCGCGAAGAGAUACUCGAGGUAUUGGACAAAUUAGGUGCUGGAGAUUGUACGUUGAAAAAGUUGAUCACCAAUGAGAUACCAUGUUAGCGACGAAUUGGGAGUGUGAAGAAUGCAGCGUGCUGUGACAGAGAGAGAGCGAGAAAGAGGGAUAGCGG